AUGACGACAGACGUAAACUUACGGUUUUUUGUAUCUUUCUAACCGGUGGAGAAAAGCCCGCCCCCAACGGUUAAAGUCCUGUCUCGUCUCACCAGGUUUAAUGCAAUAGAUCGUCAUCACUGCACGACGGCGAUUUGUAAUUGUCCUAAACGGAGAGCAAUGGUUCAAGCCAAGACUUGGGUUCUGACGGAGCGUUUUGAGGGCUUCCCCAAGGACAGCAACUUCAGACUGCAGCUGGAACAGCUUCCUGACCCAAAAGAUGGAGAGAUGCUCCUGGAAGCUUUGUUUCUCAGUGUGGACCCUUACAUGAGAGCGUAUGUAAUGCGCAUACAGCCUGGAGAGGUGAUGAUGGGAUCUCAAGUGGCCAAGGUGAUCAAGAGCCACAACCCCUCCUUCCCGGUGGGAAGCCACGUGGUGGGCCGGUGUGGCUGGAGGACCCACAGCCUGUCUGACGGGGCCGGCCUGACCCUGCUGCAGGCAGACUGGCCCCAGGAGGUCCCCCUGUCCCAGGCUCUAGGCGGCAUCGGCAUGCCCGGCCUAACAGCCCUGUAUGGGCUGGAGGAGGUGCUGGAUCUCAAGGAAGGAGAGACCCUGCUGGUGAACGCAGCGGCAGGAGCGGUGGGCUCUGUGGUGGGCCAGAUCGCCAAGAUCAAGGGCUGUAAGGUGGUGGGCUCGGCGGGCUCCGACGCCAAGGUGGCCUUCCUCAAGGACCUGGGCUUCGACGAGGCCUUCAACUACAAAACCAUCACGUCGCUUGAGGAAACUCUGAAGGCCGCCUCGCCAGAUGGAUACGACUGCUUCUUUGAAAACGUUGGAGGCCCGUUUUUCAGUGUUGCCUUGCCCCAGAUGAAGCAGUUUGGAAGGAUAGCAGUGUGCGGAGGAAUUUCAUUGUAUAACGAUACCACACCACAGACAGGCCCAUACUCCCACAUGAGUAUGGUCUUCAAGCAGCUGAAGAUGGAGGGCUUCCUGGUGAAUAGGUGGCAGCACAAGAACCCAGAGGGCAUCCAAAGGCUGCUGGCCUGGGCCAAAGAGGGGAAACUGCACUGUCGGGAACAUGUGACGGAAGGCUUUGAGAAAAUGCCCUCUGCCUUUAUGGGGAUGCUGAAAGGAGAGAACAUUGGGAAGGCCGUUAUAAAAGUAUAAGGUGGAACACGUUGUGUCCCAAUGAUGACACCCAUUCUGGAAUUCCUAUUGCUCCUCCAGAUCCCAUUUUUCUAUCCUGUAAAGAUCUGUCGUUGUUACAGAUCUGAGUGAUUACCAUGAUGUUUAUGAAAUCAAUUAAGUAAAUGUUACUCUGCCCAAUAGCAGAUUAUGAUCCAACUUGUACUGAGAUAAAACGAAUUAGUCAUACUAACGCAACCUGGAUAUUCAUGUACUUAUUGCCUUCUGUAAAAUUGAAUAUUUUUUACUUUGUAAUAAAUCAGUUUU